GAUAGAUAGAGAGAGAGAGAGAGACGGGAUUUUGUUUUCUGAUUUAUUUUCAAAUUUCGCUUGGAUAAUGAGUUGAUGAGUCAGAAUAUAAAGGGCUGGGCUUUGGUGAGAGCUUACUUUCCGCGAGAAUGGGAUUUUACACAGACAGGUGUGUGAUACUGAAACCACCACCGUUAUUUGUCAGCACAUGCGUUAGUCAUCAGGUCUCUCUCCGCAACUUGUCUCAUUUUUAAGAACUGGUUGGGUAGGUCUUACCUCCAGAGAGAGAGAGAGAGAACGCAGGAGACCAGAUCCAGACAGGGUACUUUCUCAUUGCAGGUGACACAGGUGUCUCUCUUGAACAGGGGAGACUGACAGAGAUUAGAGAGAGGGAGCAGGGGGGUGCAAGACAACAGCUGGGCCUUUUAAUAAAAUAUUGAACCUUUCGAACACAAACCCGGAGACAAGAUGCCCCGGGCUUUUCUGGUGAAGAUACGGAGUGACAACCUGAGGACUCGGAGCUGGGGAGAGAUACCUGACCAAAUGCGAGCUGACAUUUACAUCCCCCAUGCCCAGGAUAUCAUUCAAUACCAAGACAGUGAAGUGGAUGUGUCACCCCUAUGUCUGUCUGUGGAGGAGAACGCAGAGAAGGAACUUUCCUAUGAUACAGACUCCAGUAUAUCUGCACAGGACAUUGACAAUGGAACCCACAACAACAUCCACCAGGGCUUCACACGCUCCAAGAUAAAGGUCACCCGGGGGUCGUGUUCGGACGAGAUUCUCAGCUGCCCGUUCUGCCAGAAAACCUUCCAGUACCAGCGCAUGCUCAACAGGCACCUCAAGUGUCACAACGAUGUCAAAAGACAUCUCUGCAACUUCUGCGGGAAAGGAUUCAACGACACGUUUGACCUCAAGCGACACGUCCGAACGCACACAGGGAUCCGGCCCUAUAAAUGUCACCUGUGUGAAAAGGCCUUCACACAACGCUGCUCACUCGAGUCCCACCUGAAAAAGAUCCAUGGGGUGCACCAGUCCUACGCCUACAAGGAGAGGCGGACUAAACUGUACGUGUGUGAGGAGUGUGGCUUCACAGCUGAGAGCCAGGACGGUCACCUCAUCCACCUGAAGGAGGAACACCCCAACAGCCCGAUCCUGCUCAAAGCCUCGAAGAAAGCAACAGCGAUGAAGGCUGGCUCCAAUUAGCUCUCACAGCAUGGAAUCUCUGCUCUCCUCCCCAUCCAACACACUCCCAUCCAUCACCACAGGGCUCUCGGGAGGUGGGGCUGAUCUCUACCGAAGCCCCCUCCCCCCCACCAUCCGGACAGCAUGGUGGCUCAGUGCCUCCCAGCACCAGGGUCCCAGGUUCAAUUCCACCCUCGGGGCGACUGUCUGUGUGGAGUUUGCACAUUCUCCCCCUGGGUCUGGGUGGGUUUCCUCCGGGUGCUCCGGUUUCCCUCCCACGGUAGGUGUCUUUUCCCUGGGAGGGGGGGAUUUCAAGGCCAUGGGACACAUCUUUCAGGUGAAAGGAGAGAGAGAGAGAUUUAAAACAGACCUGAGGGGCAAAUCUUUUACCCAGAGGGUGGUCUGUGUGUGGAGUGAACUUCCUGAGGGAGUGGUGGGUGUGGGUACAUUUGGAUAAGGACCUGGAUAGGAAAGGGUUGGAGGGAGAUGGGUCGGGAGCAGGCAGCUGGGACUAGUUUAGUUUGGGGUUACGGUCAGCACAAAAUGGUAGGGCCGAAGGGUCUGUUUCCCUGCUGUCUGACUCUGCGACUCGAUGCACAAAUUAGGGUUGAUUGGCCAUAUUAAAUACCUAUGGUGUCCAGGGACAUGCAGGCCAGGUGGGUUAGUCCUGGGAAAGGCAGGGAUACAGGGAUAGAGUGGGGGGUCUACAUGAGAUGCUCUUCGGAGGGUUGGUGUGACUGGAUGGGCCAAAUGGCCUCACUUCCACAUUGUAGGGAAUUGUAUCAUUCUAAUAGCACUGAGCAUCAUCCCGAGAGGGCUCUCGGGAAAGCAGGGUGAAUGGCCAACCCGCUGCCUAUUUGGGAACCCCAGCUCAGCGUCACUACGUCAGCCGUGAUCCCGGAAUUCUGUUUGGCCAGCGUUCCGAUUUCCACCAUCAGCCCCAGGUCCAUGCUACCCCAGUCCCCGCAACCGAUGGGAAUGAUCUCUCCUGUCUCACCUGGAGGCCCAUGUCCCGAAACUACUCCGACACGGCAGCGAACUCCCGGUUCUGCCUGACGGGCUAUUCGGCGACCAGAGUCAUCACCGAGUCACUGUUUGACUGACCCAGUCACUCACUGAGAUCCUGGGAACAUGAGCCACAGCUAACACUGGGAUUGUCACAACAGCAUGUUGGGGGACACUGCACUUACCCUCAAACAGAGAGUUGGGGAAAAUAAUCUUUGCUGUUCAUCACCGGCUUGGAAAAUCUACCAAAAAAACACCAAGAUUUACGCGGGGCAGUUUACACAAUAUUUCAAUGCCCUGAGUAGCUUUAACACUGUGUCUGUAAUAUAAUGAUCAGGAUCUGAGAGGACCGUGUAUCAUAUUGUUCUGCUCCGUCUGUUUCGAAGCCACUUUGAGGCUGGGACAAUUUUCAAGGGGUUUUUAUCAAUUGUACAGUUCGGGUGCAUGUGUUGUGUAUGAUAUAGUUUAUACGCUGAGAUUAUUGGUCUGUGUUAUCUGUGCAAUAUCUUCACUUCAGUUCAAACUGUCCCACAUCAAUCACUCCCCAGGACAGGGACAGCACGGGGUUAGAUACAGAGUAAAGCUCCCUCUACACUGUCCCACAUCAAUCACUCCCCAGCACAGGGACAGCACGUAGCUAGAUACAGAGUAAAGCUCCCUCUACACUGUCCCCACAU